AUGAGCGCCUCGGCGGCCACCGGCGUGUUCGUGCUCUCGCUCACCGCCAUCCCCGUCACGUACCUCUUCAACUGCCUGGCGGCCACCGGCAGUUCCUGGGUAAUCGUUGCAGUUGGAUUGCUGGUUCUGGUUCUUAUUGCUCUGUCAGCUCGUGUUCUUGUCAAGAGAAAGCCACCCAAAGACCCGCUGUUUUAUGUUUAUGCUGUAUUUGCCUUUACCAGUGUAGUGAAUCUAAUAAUUGGACUGGAACAGGAUGGAAUUAUUGAUGGAUUCAUGACUCAUUAUUUGAGAGAGGGUGAGCCGUACCUGAACACCGCCUACGGCCACGUCAUCUGCUACUGGGACGGCUCCGCGCACUACCUGAUGUACCUGCUGAUGGUGGCAGCUAUUGCAUGGGAACAGAGCUAUAGAACCAUUGGUCUCUACUGGCUGGGUUCCAUUAUCAUGAGCAUCAUUGUCUUUAUGCCUGGAAAUAUUGUGGGCAAAUAUGGAGCAAAAGUGUGUCCAGCUAUUUUCCUAAGUAUACCAUAUGUCUGCCUUCCCAUAUGGGCUGGGUUCAGAAUUUAUAACCAACCUUCAGUGACUCACGACACUCCAGUCAAGGUGGUUCAGGAAGUCCAGAAGAAAGGACUCCUAAGACGACCAAUAGAUUUAAUGUUAGCUGCAUACCUCAUCCUAGCCACGGGGUUUUGCAUAUUUAGGGGCAUGAUUGCCCUGGACUGCCCUGCUGAACUCUGCCGGCUGUACAUUCAACUGCACGAGCCCUACAUCAAAGAUCCUGCUGCCUAUCCUAAGCUUCAGAUGCUGGCAUACAUGUUCUACUCGGUGCCAUACUAUGUGAUAGCUCUGUAUGGCCUGCUAGUGCCUGGUUGUUCCUGGAUGCCUGAUUUGACCCUUAUACAUGCUGGAGGACUUGCUCAGGCUCAAUUUUCCCAUAUUGGUGCUUCUCUUCAUGCUCGAACUCCUUACAUCUACAGAGUCCCUGAAGAAGCAAAAGAGUUUUUCCUGAUAUUGAACAUAAUGUACGGGAUUCUUCCCCAGCUGUUCGCUUACAGGUGUGUCAACAAGCCAGAGUUUUUUAUGAAACCAAAACAAGAAGAAAAACCAGAAUAG